AUGAAGGCAGCUGGAGGUCCAUCACAAUAUAUGGUAACAAAAAAUACGAAAUUCGAAGCUAAAUUAGCUCGAUAUUUAAUUUCUAAUCCUGGUGAUCAAUUACUCGGUUAUGAUGCAUGUAUAGAAAAGCAAGGAAAUAGUAUUAAUUAUCGUUUGAUUGUUUUGGGUCUUGAAUCAAUUUAUUUACCCGAUAAUCCACCAAAAAUUGCACAAUUAGAAAAACCAUAUAUUUAUUAUCGUGAUAUUCUUCGUGCUGAAAUGAUUGACGAUUAUCCUGAUUUUUUAGCUGGAGUUGAACAAAAGAAUACAUUACAUAUGCGUUUACGUGUUGUGAUGCCAUCAAAUAAGAAUAAAAAAAAUAAAAAGAAAAAACCGAAAUCAACAAGUGUUGACGAAAUGGAAACAGUACCAAGUUUAUUUGAUCGAUUUACGUUAGAAAAUAUUAAUAAUUAUAUGGAACCAAUAACUCCACGACGAACAGCAUCAAGUCGUGAACUUUAUCAAACACCAUUACCACAACUUUCUGCUGUUAUUCCAUUUGUUCUAACAGCAACAACAACAAAUGAAAGCGAUCCAUUGAAUUUACCACUUCAUCGACUUGAUGAUUUAUCAACACCGAAAACAUAUGAUACAUCAUUGGAAUUUAAAGAACGUCUUGAUGAAUUAAAUCUUAAUACUGAUCGUUCAAAUGUUCAACGUUUAUUGUCAACACAAAGAACAUUCUCUGAUGAACACAGGAUUAUGGUCAGAUCAAAAUCAGCUAAAUCAUUAACGAUGUCGAAAAAAAAGACAAAUAAUGAUUCAGAUUGGAAUACAGACACACCAAGACUUAGUCGUUAUGCAUUACAAGUACAUCAAGAUGAUCGCUAUGGUACUUUACAUACACCACGUAGUACACCACGUGGUACGCCACGUCAAAAUCUAGACGAUGAAUUGUUAUUAUUAACAAAUCGAUCAACAUUAACAGACUUAUCAUUGACAAGUAAUAUAAAUAUAAAUGCUGUUAAUAAUGAAGAUUCACCUGUUUACUGUCCAUCAGUUGAAGAAGUGCGCAGUCUUCGAGAUGAUCUUGAUCAAGAUAUGAAAGAAAUAGAUAUAUAUUUUCUAAGUUUAACGUGCAAAAUUCCAGAAAUUUUAAGUUGUGCAUUGAGUAAUUAUAUUGUUAUUUCAACAUUAUAUUACAAGAGUGAUCAUCAAUCAUCAACAUUAUCAAAUAAUCGUCUUCAUGAUUCAAUGGAUAUUACAAUGGUAAAAUUUUCUCAAUUAAAAAAUGAAAUUUUACAAUCAUUUAAUAAUACAAAUCAAUUAAUUAAAUUAACAACUGAACUAUGUAAUGCAUGUGAGAAAUAUUCGAAAGUAAAAGACCUUUUUUGGAAGGAUCAUGAUUUAUUUACUUACUAUGUUGCACAAUUUCAAUCUUGUUCCCAAGAUAUAUCAAAUAAUGAUUUUGAUGAUGCUACAAUUGAAUGCGCUCGACUUCAAACACUUAUUCACUGUCUUUUGACACCUCCGAUUACUUUACUCUCAACUCAACCAACAACGACAACAACAGCAUCCGACGAUUCAGAAGUGAAUGAAAGAUUACAAAACACAUACAAAAUAGUAUUAAAAUGGAUGUUUGGAUCAGGUACUGUAUUAUGGCAUAUUGGAAAUAUGCUCAGUCGACCAUCAUGGACAUCAAAAAGUUUUCGUUUUCGACACUUUAUUGAAUUAUUCGAAAAGCAACAACAAAAAGAUGAAUAUUUUGAUUUAUUUAUCGAUGCAUUAUCACGAUUAAUAAUGAAUAAAGACAAUAAAGAUCCAUUUAGUCCAAAUCAUGCAUUAUAUGUCUAUCAAUUUUUUUCUAUAUUAUCCAUGUUAUUAAUUAAUUCAACAAUGUUUUCUGAAUAUAUUCGUGAUCGAUAUCUAGAAGAUUUUAAAUAUUUUUUAAAAGAAGAUAUUAUACUUUCAAGAAUUCCUGUUCAAUAUCCAGUCUAUCGUUUUAUUCCAGAGCUUAUUCGUAGUGUUCAUCAUCGUAUAUUAUAUGGUGAACCAAAUUAUAAUUUAUCAAAUCGUCCCAAACAUCAUCAACUUAUUUGA